AGUUUUUGACAGCGUUGCUAGCUCUUGUUGUGUUGUGUGUAAAAAAUGGAAUUUAUUGUUGUUCUAUCCUAGGAUAAAAGCUGUUAACGUUUUGUUUAUUAUCCUUUUACUUUAUUUAAACAAAAAUGGCAGUUUACGUGACAAAAGCUAUGAUGUCCAAGUUUCAGAAAACAGAAUUUUGGCCUGUAUCAAUGGAAACCGAUGCACAAGCGUCUACCAGUAAUGACCACUGGCACAAAAUUGCUUUCGAAAGUAAAAAAAGUGGCGGCUUAGCAAGAGGACUGAUAUGCAGAGUCUGUGGGAGGAAUGGUGUCAUGCCGUUGACGGAAAGAAUAAAUGGUGUUGAAAUCAUGACUUGCAUUGAAAGGAUUACUAAUGUGACAAUUGACCUUGAAGAUUCACUGCCGAAAUACAUCUGCAAUGAUUGUCUGGAAGUGUUAAGGGCAGCAAUUAAUUUUAAGGAAACUUGUGAAAUAUCAGACAGAAAGUUUAGGAGAAUAUUAAAUCCUAUGGGUGAUCCUGCUCUCCAUUCUUAUCCAUAUUCUAAACAUGACUUCCAUAUGAUACUGAAUCAGAUGAAAGAGAAACGUCAAAGGGCUGAGGAAAAAAGAGAAAGACUGCGUAAAAAACAAGAAAGAAUAGAACAAAGAAAAGUGCCUAAAAUAAAGCAGUUCAAAUGCUCUCCAUGCGACAUGACAUUUCCAAACAAGGAGAAGCUAACUCUACACAGACGCGAGCGGCAGUGCAUGCGGCGCGCCUGCGACAUCUGCGGGCAGCUCGUGGUCAGCAUCCCGCAGCACAUGCGCUACAUCCACAAGCAGGUCGUGCAGCACAAGUGCCCCACCUGCGGCAAGGAGUUCCCCGUCAUCGCCCGGCUCAAGAACCACAUGUGAGUGGCUUAUAGACGCGAGCGGCAGUGCAUGCGGGCGGCUCGUGGUCAGCAUCCCGCAGCACAUGCGCUACAUCCACAAGCAGGUCGUGCAGCACAAGUGCCCCACCUGCGGCAAGGAGUUCCCCGUCAUCGCCCGGCUCAAGAACCACAUGUGAGUGGCUUAUAGACGCGAGCGGCAGUGCAUGCGGGCGGCUCGUGGUCAGCAUCCCGCAGCACAUGCGCUACAUCCACAAGCAGGUCGUGCAGCACAAGUGCCCCACCUGCGGCAAGGAGUUCCCCGUCAUCGCCCGGCUCAAGAACCACAUGUGAGUGGCUUAUAGACGCGAGCGGCAGUGCAUGCGGGCGGCUCGUGGUCAGCAUCCCGCAGCACAUGCGCUACAUCCACAAGCAGGUCGUGCAGCACAAGUGCCCCACCUGCGGCAAGGAGUUCCCCGUCAUCGCCCGGCUCAAGAACCACAUGUGAGUGGCUUAUAGACGCGAGCGGCAGUGCAUGCGGGCGGCUCGUGGUCAGCAUCCCGCAGCACAUGCGCUACAUCCACA